CAAGCAACGAAUCGUUCGUGUUUGUUUCCAACAAGCCUUCGUGCAUCGAGUCGUAUGAAAAUCUUUCUCCAUACUCUAGACGACUUAGAGACUGUUAGAGACUGAUUAACGACGUUUCGCAGAAUUGUUAAACUACAGAACAUACUGAACUUCUUUGAGCAUCAUGAAUAACCUGACGUUGAACGGAAGCUCGGAAUGCGUUGUUCACAAUCUACGGGAAAAGGACCGGAAACGUGUUCAAGAACGUCGUCGAAACAUUAUUUACCUUAUAAAGGACUAUUUGAAUAACGAGGGAUUCGUAAAGUCUGCAGAGACGCUUGAACAAGAAGCCCGCCUAUCCAUGGACACUCGUGUCUGUGACAAUAUAGAUCUGGAAAUGAUCCUAAUGCAGUACGAAAGUUAUUACCACCUGCAAUUCAACAAAUACCCCAUUCUGUGUAAAAAAAGCGAAUCGCUCGGUAACGCAAAUACAUCGGAAAACGUCAGACACGCUAAAAAAAAGAGUAAAUCGAAAGAAAAGAACGUGAAAAAAACCGAGUGUGAAAAGAUCAGCCAACAGGUGAAUUCAUCUACCGACGAUAUCAAUUUAGUGGUGAGUGUGAAGUCACUUUUCAACGAGUGUGGCGAUCAGGCUCCAUUGAUGGAGUCUUUCGAGCGAUCUUCGUACUCUAAGAUAUCCAAAUCCAUCGAUGAUCUCUAUCCAGCAGAUUCAGAAAUGUCUAAGAUAGCCGAAAUGAUAUCCAAAGAAAUCGUGAUGACAGAUUUGAAUGUUCAUUGGGACGACGUGAAAGGUCUCGAGAAUUGUAAAGCUGCCAUACAAGAAGCUGUCGUGUAUCCUUUGAAAUAUCCUGUUUUCUUCAAAGGUAAAUUUACCCCUUGGAACGGUGUUCUACUCUAUGGACCGCCUGGAACAGGUAAAACUAUGUUGGCGAAGGCGGUGGCGACAGAGUGCAAUUGCACUUUCUUCAACAUAACAGCUAGCUCGUUGGUUAGUAAAUGGCGAGGCGAUUCAGAAAAAUACAUUCGAGUUCUUUUUGACCUUGCCUACAAACAAUCUCCAACGAUUAUUUUCAUCGAUGAAAUAGACUGGAUAGCAUCAACGACGGAUAACUCAUUAUCUGAACCAGCAAGAAGAUUUAGAGCUGAACUUCUCGCGAGACUCGAUGGAGUAAUGUCCAUUGAAAAUUCAAAUAUCGUGCUAAUGGCUGCUACUAAUGUUCCUUGGAACAUAGAUGCUGCUUUAUUGAGACGCCUGGAAAAAGUCAUUUACGUAUCGUUACCUGAUAUGGACACUCGAUUAAAUAUGUUCCGGUAUUAUGUUUCUAGCAAGACAGAUAUGCAAGAAAUAGUUAAUCUGACCAAAGGUUAUUCUGGUGCUGAUAUAAAAAUGCUCUGCAAACAAGCGUGGAUAUGGCAAUCAAUUCCGACUUGGGAACGUCUUGAAAAGAAAGAAAUAACUGUGUUGGAUGUGAACUACCAAAUAUUAAACUGCGAUUAUUUGAUUGAAGCUUUAAAAUACGUUAAACCGACAGUUAAUAACGAUUUAAUCUCUCUAUACAUUAAUUGGCGAAAAUCUGCAACCAAUAAAUGCAAUCAUAAUUCCGCUUAUCAUAUAAGAAUUAAGUAAAAACAAAUAAACGAAAAUAUUUUUUGAAAAUUGUUCAAAUUUAUUCAAGGACUUACAAUUAACAAAUAAAUGAACACAACGAUCGUUUCUAAUUCUAAUAAUGUAAUUUUUUAUAAAAAAUUAUAUUUGAGUAAAAAACGU